UUUAAGAAUCAAGAAGUGCUUUAGUUGGUGAUCAUCUCCUCCAUUCUUAUGUUUGAUUCAGGGGUGGUAUAAUAAGGAGAGAUUUGAUGCUAGUCACUCUUAGAGGCUUAAGGAUUAAGGAGCUCAUUUUAGCCCCAUGUCGGGUAAAUGCGAGUGUUUUCUUACUUGGCUUGCAGAACUAUAUCAACUUAGCUGGCGACGUCCUCGCUGAGAGUCACAGGCUACCAAACGCCUCAGAGCGCGGGAUAGAAUUUAAGUUAGUGCAAAAAGUUGAAGACAUCGGCCUCUCAUUGGCAGAAAAACUGGUACCGACAAGAGAUGGGUACAAAACUGUGGCACUUUCCUCUGGGAAAGUAGAAAUGGAAGUGGCGUCUAUCAACCUGACACAACUGGAACAGUUAAGUUUACCAGACACCCGUAACAGCUCUUACAAAGGAAGUUCCUUGGAACAAAUUGGCAAAGUCGUAAUCCCUCUCGAGGCCUUUGCCUCUAAUACAUCAGAGCUUGGACAGGCAGUGUGGAUAAUGUUCGAUCCAUUGACGGCUAUGAACAACUCUGCCGAAAGUGCAGUGAGUACUCGUAUUAUGAAUGUCAUUGCACAACCGCAUCGCACGCAAGAGUUUGAGAAACCAGUCGAAAUGACGUUUUGGCCUGCUCAGGCCAGUCAGAGUAACGAACAUUGUGUAUUUUGGAAUCAGAGCGAGGGAAAUUACCACGGCAUCUGGUCGACAGGAGGUUGCCAAGUUGCUUAUAGAAACUAUUCUACAAUCACGUGCCAUUGUAAUCACUUAACUAGUUUUGCUGUUCUUACAAGGGUCACUCCACAUCAGCCCAGCGAAAAACACGAACUAUCGCUGUCGAUCAUUACCUAUGUGGGAUGUGGUCUGUCAGUACUUGGAUGUCUUCUAACAAUCCUGACCUAUGCAUUCUUACCGAGUCUUCGAUCGCAGAGAAUUCUUAUUCAUAUGAACUUGGUGAUUGCUAUUCUUUUGGCCCAAGUGUUGUUUUUGGUUGCAGUGUUUGCGGUGAGCCCGCAAACAUCAAGGGUGGCCUGUUACGGGAUUGCAGUAGGCCUCUUUUUCUUAUUAUUAUGUGUAUUCUCGUGGAUGUUAGCCGAAGGCCUCCAUAUCUAUUUCAUGGUCGUCAGAGUCUUUGAUUCUGGGAGAACAAGGAAGCUUUUUUACUUGCUUAUAGGAUGGGGUUUUCCAUUUAUUGUUACUGUGGUUGUGGUUUCAUUUUUUCAAAGGGGACUUCUCUCCAGAGAUCUAUGCUGGCUUUCAAUUGAGACUGGAGCCAUUUGGAGUUUUGUUGGUCCACUCAUCUUUGUCAUGCUGUUUAAUCUGGUCAUUGUAACCAUGGUGAUGAGUGUUACAUCUAAAAUGUUAAAUGAAGAGAGGCCAUCCAAUGUUAGGUCUUUGACAAAAGCCUUCGUCACCCUUCUUCCUAUUCUGGGUCUGACAUGGGUGUUUGGUCUUCUUGCUGUCAACAAUAACUCCAUAGUAUUUGAAUACCUUUUUGCAAUAUUCAAUUCCUCGCAGGGCUUCCUUAUUUUUCUCUUCUACUGCUUGAAAAAUUCAGAGGUUCGUAAAGAAUUUAAAAGGAAACUGCACAAUCUACGUGCGCAGAGGCAUCCCUCUUCUCCAAAUCCGUCGAACAUUCCAAGAUCUACGCCGGCAGAAAUUGAAGUGCCAGGACCUUGCCCUCAGCAGGAGAACAUAACACGAGAUAAGGGCUUUGAAACAAGACUAUGACCAUAUUUAUUUUGUCUUACUUACUUUCUAAAACAACUGAAGUAUUUACACGUUUCUUCACGACUUUUUAGCCCAAGCCAUUAGCCCAGUCUUUAAAAUGGAAGAUGUGAAAUAUGUUUCGUUGCUACUGCUGAUUUAUACGUCGAAGAACAUAGUUUUGACGAACUUGCCCUUGCUUGGCUGAACUUGAACAAACUACAGACAGAGACUACUUAAGUAUUUAUAGGUUAUCCUCGUCUAAACUCGAGAAAAGUCCCUCGUGGAUUUCUUUGAUAAGAUCAACAUACCGGUAAGACAGGCCACCUUUUGUAAAACGAGAUAGGAACUACACUGAUGAAAUUUGACGGAACGCCGCAAGAUCAAAUGAUUCCCAUAUGAGUCAAAGCAACUAUUAUUGUUAAAGCACCAGAUUUUAAAGGGGGAUUAUCGAACGUGGAGCAAGAAGGCAGCUAGAGUAAGGAUAGUUCUACAAAACAUAGCAUGGAAAUAUAUAUAUGUAUAUAUAUGUAUAUGAAAAAGUGUGAAAAAAAGUUAAAAAUU